AUGUUGGUGGUUGAGAAGCAGUGGAUUAAUGUGCAGCAGAAGACCUUCACAAAAUGGCUGAACAACAAACUCUUGAUUCGGAAGGUAGCGAUCGAAGACCUCGUGCAUGAUCUUUCCGAUGGCGUCAUCCUUAUCCACCUCCUCGAAAUCCUCGGCGGCGAGUCGCUCGGGCGAUAUGCAUCCAAACCGAAGCUGCGGGUGCAGAAGUUCGAAAAUGUCAACAAGAGUUUGGAUUUCAUCAAGGGGAGGGGGAUCCAGAUGACGAAUAUCGGUGCCGAGGAUAUUGUAGAUGGAAACAGAAAGAUCAUCCUGGGUUUAAUAUGGACCCUCAUUUUGAGGUUUACCAUUAGCGAUAUCAAUGAGGAGGGUAUGACCGCGAAGGAGGGUCUGUUAUUGUGGUGUCAGAGAAAGACAGCAUGCUAUCCCGAGGUGGAGGUUCGAGACUUCUCCACGAGCUGGAAUGACGGUCUGGCUUUCUGCGCUCUGCUGGAUAUCCAUCGUCCCGAUCUUAUCGACUUCGAUGCCCUGGACAAGAACGACCACCGCGGUAACAUGAAGUUGGCCUUCGACAUCGCCACCAACGAGAUUGGCAUUCCCGACCUGCUGGAUGUGGAGGAUGUCUGCGACGUUGCGAAGCCUGAUGAGCGAUCGCUCAUGACUUACAUUGCCUACUGGUUCCAUGCUUUCUCCCAGCUUGAGCGUGUGGAGAAUGCCGGAAGACGAGUGGAGAAGUUCGUCACCAACAUGCAGGGCGCGUGGGAGAUGCAGAACUCGUAUGAGCGAAGGAUGAAGGAGUUGCUGCGUCAAAUCAAGGCCCAGCGUGAUGAGUGGCGCGACUCCUCUUUCGAAGGAACAUACGCAGAUGCCAAGGAACAAGCCACCCAAUUUACCAUCUACAAGAAGAACCAGAAGAGAAGGUGGGUUGCGGAGAAGUCGGACCUUGCUGCCCUGCUGGGUAAUAUCAAGACGAAACUUAGUACCUACCGAUUGCGACCCUACAAUCCUCCUGCGGCGCUGAGGCCCGAGGUCCUUGAUCAAGAGUGGGAGGAGUUGACAAGGGACGAGCAGGCGCGCAGCCAACUCAUCAACGAGACCAUUCGCGAUAUCAAGAAUGCCCUUCGUCGCUCAUUUGCUGAUAAGGCCAACGAUUUUGCAUUGACCUUGAAGACGCUAUCCCUCGCUAUCUCUGGACUUGAAGGUGACGUGGAGGAUCAAUUGGCCCACGUGCAACGCCUGAAUAGCAACCUACCUCCUCUUGAUGCAUUCCUAGAUACCAUUGCCGAUUUGGAAGAGCAAUGUGUAGAGGCGAACAUCGAGGAGAACGAUUACACUACAUAUACUCUAGACGAGCUGUCCUACGAACUGAGCCUGGUUAAGUCGAGUGUCUCAAAGAAACUCGCUUUCCUGGAGAAUCAGAUGGUGGCCCGUAAUAUGACCAACUUGACACCGAUACAACUCGAAGAGUUCGAAUCGGUAUUCAGACAUUUCGAUCGUGACUCUUCGAACACGCUGCAUGAAAUCGAAUUCUCCGCCGCACUUGCCAGUCUCGGCCUUGUGUAUGAUGAGGAUGAGAUGCAUGAGGUAUUCGUGGAGACAUGCGGUGCUGACAGAUUGGCAUCAAACGCUGGCGUCAGCUUCGAGCAAUUUAUCCGCUUCAUGGUUAGCGUGACAGAGGAUCAGAACACAGCAGAGCAGGUCUUCCAGAGUUUCCGGGAAGUGGCCGAUGGGAAGCCGUAUGUUACUGAACUUGAUCUCCGUCACUCCCUUAUUCCAGAUGAACUUAUCGAGAAUCUGCUGGAGACCAUGCCAAAGCACGAAGGCCCGGAUUUGCUCGAAGAUCGCGAUAUUCCGAAAUACGACUAUAUCAGUUUCAUGGAGAAGAUGAUGGAUGUAGGAAAUGACGGUGAAGAUGAAGGUGAAAGUGACGAUGGUGAUCAGUACUCCGCCAAUGGAGACCACUGA